AUGGCAUCAGCGGUUUCAGCUGGAGAAGCGAGUUCUUCGACAUCAACUUCAAAGGAUGCCAGUGCUUUGGAUUUGCUGCAACGUUUGCAGCGUGCUAUUUUCAGUGGUCAGCCUCAAACAGCAGCAGACGUUGCUUCAGAAUUAGCCAAGAUGAGAGCUAAUUGUAGCAUGACCAUUAGAAGAUCUGAAAUUCAGUUGGUCGAUGUCGAGGUUUCCGAAGAGCCAAUUCGUGUUCCAGUGGAAGCAACGACAACGAUUAGCGAUUUGGAAGAACAGAUUUACUUGAAACAUAAAGUUCCUAUUCGAGGUCGUUGUGUGGUGCUUCUGGAAACUGCGUUACCAUCGCAGCAUGAUGAUGAUGGUGAUGUAGUCGUUAGUAGUGGAACUUCUGGUGAUAAUCUGGAGAUGAGUACAAAUGCGAUGGAUUUGACAGUUGGGACUGCCAUGGAAAAUG